AAUAAUUAACAUUUCUUUUGGGGACAGCGAAGAAAUAUCAUUCGAAAGCAGCAAAGCGAAAGGCAGAUCACAAUCACGAAACUCACUUCUUCUUCAGUCUCUUACAGAUUCUUCUUCCUCUGUCGGCACGAAUUCAUUGGGCUCUGCUUGAAUCUGGGUUUAGUGUAAUAAAAUCGAUUUCAGUAAGAAGAAUCUGGUGAGAGGAACCGUGGAGGAUUCGUAGGGGAAAAAGAUGAGGAGGCGGAGGGUAGCUAGAAGGAGAUUGCUGAGUUGGAUAUGGCUUCUCCUUGGCUCUUUCUCUGUCGCUGGAUUGGUUCUCUUCAUGGUUCAGCAUCGUCAUCAACAGCAAGAUCCAUCUCAGCUCAACCUUGAAAGAGACACAAGUAACAACAACGUAUCACCUCCUCGUUUAAACUUCACGGAAGAGGUAACAAGCGCAUCCUCCUUCGCUAGGCAGCUAGCAGAGCAAAUGACGCUCGCCAAAGCCUAUGUUUUCAUAGCCAAAGAGCACAACAAUCUCCACUUAGCUUGGGAGCUGAGCUCCAAGAUCCGAACCUGUCAGCUUCUCCUCUCAAAAGCAGCGAUGAGGGCCCAGCCCAUUUCGUUAGACGAAGCGAAACCGAUCGUCACCGGCCUGUCAUCUCUCAUCUACAAGGCGCAGGACGCGCAUUACGACAUAGCCACCUCGAUGAUGACUAUGAAGUCUCACAUCCAAGCCCUCGAAGAGCGCGCAAACGCAGCAACCGUUCAGACAACAGUGUUUGGUCAAUCUGUUGCCGAGACGGUACCGAAGAGCCUCCACUGUUUGAUGAUCAAGCUCACGUCAGAUUGGUUAACCGAGCAGGCGUCAUCGCGCCGUGAAGCGGCGGAUGAGAGCAGAAACUCGCCGAGACUCGUUGACAACAACCUCUACCACUUCUGUAUCUUUACUGAUAAUGUAAUAGCUGCUUCUGUUGCUGUUAACUCGACUGUGGCCAACGCUGAUCAUCCGAAGCAGCUUGUGUUCCACGUAGUGACGAAUCGAGUUAGCUACAAAGCUAUGCAGGCUUGGUUUCUUGGUAAUGACUUCAAGGGCGCAGCGAUAGAGAUCAGAAGCGUGGAAGAGUUCUCUUGGCUGAACGCUUCUUACUCUCCCGUUGUUAAGCAGCUGCUGGAUACAGACUCGAGAGCUUACUACUUCGGGGACCAAGAAACAAACUCUGAGCCAAAAGCGAGGAACCCGAAGUACUUGUCAUUACUAAACCACCUCAGAUUCUACAUUCCCGAGAUCUAUCCUCAGCUGGAAAAGAUCGUUUUCCUAGACGACGACGUUGUUGUUCAGAAAGAUUUGACUCCACUCUUCUCCUUAGACCUUCACGGAAACGUCAACGGAGCCGUGGAGACGUGUCUUGAAGCCUUUCACCGUUAUUACAAGUACCUAAACUUCUCUGACCCUCUCAUCAGCUCAAAGUUCGAUCCGCAAGCGUGCGGAUGGGCCUUUGGUAUGAACGUUUUCGAUCUCAUAGCGUGGAGGAAAGCGAACGUGACUGGUAGGUACCAUUACUGGCAAGGGAAGAACAGAGAGAGAACGCUUUGGAAGCUAGGGACUCUUCCUCCGGGUCUGUUGGCUUUCUAUGGUCUCACCGAGCCGCUAGACAGAAGAUGGCAUGUCUUGGGGUUAGGCUACGAUGUCAACAUUGAUAACCGUUUGAUAGAAACCGCGGCUGUGAUUCAUUAUAAUGGCAACAUGAAGCCUUGGCUAAAGAUUGGUAUUGGUAGGUAUAAACCUUUUUGGUUGAAGUUUUUGAACUCUAGCCAUCCUUAUUUACAAGAUUGUGUCACAGCUUAGAAGAAAAAAGACUUUUUGAGAGAGUUGAGAAGAUUCUUAUACACUUUGAAGAUUCUUUUU